CUUUUCUUUGAUUUUAUAUCUUCUGUCUCAUCUUUUUUCGUUACCGUUGGAAACAACUAAUUGAGGAAAUCUCUCUCUCUAUCGUGAUAAAUUAACAUGUUGGUUAACACCCAUGAUCCAGAAUUUUCUCUCUCGUGUUAAUUUUCCUUCUGAUAGAAAACCAUGGGCCACAAGUUUCUAUUUGUUCUUUCCUUUCAAUAUUUUUGCAUUUCUUUACAUUCUAAUCUUACAGUUUUAUUAGAGCAUUCAAAUUUAGAUCCUUGUGUUUGAAUUUUAUUCUUUGUCAUCUUUUUGUGUUAGUAUUGGACCAUUGGUAGCAAUUGAUUGAGAAAUCUCUCUAUCUCGCUACAAAAUUUAUAUGUUGAUCAAAACCCAUGUACCAGAAUUCUCUCUCUCAUGAUAAUUUUUAUCUUCUGAUCGAAACCCAGGGACAAUAAGUUUCUAUAUUUCUUCUUUCCUUUUCAUAAUUUUGCAUUUCGAUCAGUGGAUUCAAGGCAAUCAAAUGAAAGAAUCCUUAUUACUUUUAACCAUAAUUUGAAUUUUACACUUUCUCAUCUUUUUGUGCUAGCAUUGGUAGCAAUUAGUUGAGAAAAUCUCUCUCUCUAUCGUGAUAAAAUUGAUAAUUUGCUAUGUUGAUCAAAACCCAUGAACCAGAACUCUCUCUCUCUUUCUCAUGAUUUUUUUAUCUUCUGAUCAAAACUCAGAGACCAUUAGUUUCUCCUUCUGCUUUGCUUUUCAUAAUUUUCCAUUUCUUCAGAGCAAUCAAAUGAAAUACACAUUAUGACUCUAACCAUAUUUGGAUAUAUGGGGCACAAAUGUGUGUAUUUUCCAGUAAGAUGUUGGCCCAAUACAGGAAACCUAUUGUUAAUAUUGUCAAAGUGUAUUUCCUAGAAGGUAUCUUAGUUUUUAUGUUAUUUUAUCAUGAGUGAUGUAGCAAGGUUGCACUUAGUUUGUGUAGUAAGAAGUUGUAAAACUACUAGGUGGUUAGUAGUUAUUGUUACAAGUGGGUAGUUAUUGUAGGAAAUAUGGUUAUACAAACCUCUAUUUAAAGAGAGGUGUGUGCUGAGAAAUUGGGACACAUGUUUAAGGUUAAUCUUGGGUGUCAAGAUUGUAAUGCCGUUGUGUACCCCGGGUUCACAUGUGUUAAGGUUAAUCUUGUGUGUUGAGAUUGUAAUGCGUUUGUGUACCCCAUGUUUUUCUUUAAUGAAGUUUUGCUUCCACUUCAUCUUGGUUCUUCUUUUUCUUUCUAUUUGCUUGAGAGCCUUGGGAAGCGGAUUGUUACGGUGUUGUGGAAUCCGUCUUUCUCUACACCUAUGAACCCGAAUUCUCGGUUUCUUCUAUUUUUACAUAUGGUUUUGUUACAUGCAAAAAUGAAAUGGGAAAAACUUACUUUAUAUGUGUCCCAUUUACUCAGGUGCCUUCUGUUAAUGCAAUUUUAUUUAAUGGCGAUAGAGUACAAUGCACUGGAAACCCUGUGAUUGAGAGGCUCUCAGACCCUCAGAACAUAGCUUCAAUCCUGGUUUCAAAAUUGGGUUCUUCUGUUAAUGCUUGGGUUGUGGGGGCUUCAACUUUUAAUGGGCCUUUUGCAAUUUAUAAGGAGUUUUUGAACUCUGUGAAUGAAUGGGGAGAACCACCUUCUUAUAAAUCAGAUGGUUUUCCUGCAUCGACUUCGAUUGCUUUGCUCAUGUCACAGUGCGUGAAUGAGGCAAAGAAGGCUGUUGCCAGAUUCCAACGACUAUCUCCGACAUGUAAGAAUCCUCCCGAGAGUAACGAUUAUCGGGCAAUCCCGAAAACCAUCAUCUUCGGAUUCAGCAAGGGCGGGGUUGUCCUAAACCAGCUUCUAACUGAACUUGCAAUCUCAAAGACAGAGCCUCAGCUUGACCUUAAAAUUACCAAAAUGCCCUGCGCAAAAGGAUCGCAUGAGAACCCCAAUGUGUCUCUUGCAAAGAUUCCCGAUUUUCAAAAGGGUGGAGUGAUUGAAAUUAAGGAAGAGAACCCCAUGCCUGAAAAAAUGACCAAAAUGCCCCUCACCGAAGGUGCAUGCUCGAGCAUGGAGAACAAUGGGGAACUGUAUCCCAAUACCAGAAAAGAAAACCCUGUGUUUGCCUUUUCGCCUAGAGAAUUCAUGGAGAGCAUGGUUGAAGUUCACUAUGUGGAUGUGGGUCUCAAUUGCAGAGGUGCAUACUUGACCGAGAAAUCGGUGGUGGAGAAAAUUACACAUUUGCCUUUUGCAGGAAUGCGCAUUGUCCUUCAUGGUACUCCUCGGCAGUGGCAAGACAGGCGCCGAACAUGGAUCAAGGCCGAGAAAGACAUGUUUAUGAAGCUUCUUAGAGACGAGGAAGAGAGGAGUGAGGGAAAGCUUAGGGCUUUGGAGAGGUUAUAUUUUGCAGAGAAGCCUCCAAAUAUGCAGAUGCAUUUCGAAAUAAUCGAAUGUAUGAACUUGGAUUGAGUUUUGCUUGUAAUUUUGUUGUGUUUUCUUCUUUCUACCUGGGUAGUUUGGUUU